UGCCAGUUAAGAGUUUCUUCCAGAAUUGGAAUAAAUUUGGUUACUUGACAAGCUAUCCACUUCCACCUAAAUUUAGUUUUCUAACAUUAAUGAGGUUCAACUACAAAAAUGUAAACUAAUUUUUCACACUGUUCACAUUCAUUUUUUAUUUUUAUUUUUCUGAGUUGCUUUUUAUUUUUCUGUUUUGACAUAGACUGGAAUUAGAUCUCUUGCUUCUGUUUCCAACCAUUUAUAGAUAGACAAAGCAUUCAAUUUCUGUACACCACAACUUACUUCUUCUAUCAAGCCCUUCAAGUAUUUUUGGAUGCCUUCCCUUUAGAAGAAAGAAAGUGAAAAAUAUGGAAGACCAUGUUAGAAAUCUCCUUCUCUUGGGAGUUCUUUCAUGGACAACAGCUUUUCUGCUGAUUAGAAAAUCAUUACCAAACCGCUCAUUUGAGUUCUGCAACCGUCUAGUUUCAACUACCCAUGCAAUUCUGGCUGUGACAUUAUCUUCUUUAUCUGUUGAAGAUUGGAAAUGCCCUGUUUGCCCUGUAGCUUUGAAAUCUUCUCCUCAGCAGAUGAGAGCACUAGCCGUGAGCCUUUCUUAUCUCAUCUAUGAUCUGGUAUGUUGCCUCUUUGACAAGCAAUUCAGUCUUGACAAUUGUUUCCAUCAUUUAGUCAGCAUCAUUGGAAUUGGAGCUGGCCUUGUCUAUGAAAAGUGUGGAUCAGAAUUGGUAGCAGCACUCUGGGUAACAGAGCUCUCCAGCCCUUUCCUCCAUUUAAGAGAACUUCUCAAAGAGCUAGGCUACAGGGAUACCGAUCUUAACUUGGCAGCUGAUGUUUUAUUUGCAGUGAUAUUUGCCAUUGCAAGGAUGGUAGCUGGCCCUUACAUCCUUUACGUGACCCUAUCAACUAGCAAUCCUCUCAUAAUAAAGAUCAUGGCCGUGGGAUUGCAGCUGGUCAGCGCCUUCUGGUUCUACAAGAUAGCAAGGAUGGUCAAAUACAAAUUAACCAAGAGGAAUAAUUUAAAGGUUGCCUAAUUGGCUAAUUAUGCACAAAAAGAGCAACAUUGUAAAAUUUACUACCCCAAAAAAAAAAAAAGUGCAACAUUUUAUAAUUUACAUCCAAAAAGAACCCGCUGUCAUUUUUACCACUGGAAUAGAGUCAUGCCCAGAAGAUUCAAUUAGAAUUCUGUGUACAAUCAGUGACGCGGAAAUGAUGAAGAGUAAAAAUUCUAUCCGGCAAAUUCAGUUCCAUGAUUAAUUGAUUUUGGUGCU